AUGGACAUCCUUCAAGAAGUCCCCUUGAUUGACGGACAUAAUGACUUUCCAUAUAUUCUUCGCGGCUGGUAUGGAAUGAACAUUCACGAUCCAUCCUUCAAUAUCGAGGAAAUGCCAAUUGGGCAAACGGACCUCUCUCGUCUGGAGAAAGGGUGUAUUGGGGGUCAAUUCUGGAGUGCAUUUGUCCCUUGUCCUAAGGAAAAUGUCGAUGAAACUAAGCUGGCUGUACUACGAGACACAUUGCAGCAAAUUGAUCUCAUUCAUCAACUCAUUCAACAGAAUCCACGCAGGCUCGCUUUUGGUAUCGAUUCAGCCUCCGUAUGGCGGGCGUUUCAUUCUCGCCGCAUCUCCUGCUUAAUCGGCGUUGAAGGCCUGCAUCAAAUUGGGGGUAGCUUUAGCGUUCUUCGGCUAUUUCAUCGAAUGGGCGUGAGGUAUAUCACUUUAUGUCAUGACUGCCACAAUGAGUUUGUGGACUCAUCUACUCCCCCAACGCCACUGCAUUAUGGCUUGUCGAAGCGCGGCGAAGAUAUGGUCAAGGAGAUGAAUCGCAUCGGAAUGAUCAUCGAUAUUUCACACACUAGCCGUGACGCUCAACGCCAGGUGCUGAGGGUAUCAAAGGCACCCGUCAUUUUUUCACAUUCUUCAUGUUACGCUCUCCAACCCCAUCCUCGAAAUGUCACCGAUGACGUGCUCGAGGCUCUGAAGCUCAACAAUGGCGUAAUUAUGAUCUGCUUUCUUCCGUCCCUGUCCGGGAUGCUCAAAGCUGGUCAUCAAACCUCGGCAAAUGUGCAGACAGUUGCUGCACACGUGAUGUACGUGGGCGAGAAAAUAGGCUACGAAUAUGUUGGUAUCGGCAGCGAUUUUGACGGGAUGUUAGAGGGACCGGCUGGGUUAGACGAUGUCUCGACCUUCCCUAAGCUCGUUGCAGAGUUGGUCGCAAAUGGCAUCAGUGAAGCAGACGUGAAAAGGAUAAUAGGGCUCAACAUCUUGAGAGUUCUUGACGAAGUAGGUCAUUAUACCGCGCGGGAGGAGUGUCUCCCUGCCACCGGUUACGGAUUAUGGGAUGAGGUCCAAGAAAUAUGGACGGACGUGCAGCGAGCCAUGUUAAUACGGAAAGGUAGCGAGAGAAGGGGAAAUUAA